AUGGCGCACAUGUUGUCAAGCCGUGCAGGUGUCACGAAUAUCGUCCAGUGCACAAGACCCGGCCACCAGGGCUCCAGCCGCACGGAUGCCGAUGCCAGCAGCCGCAAGCUGAAUGCGCUGCAGGCACAGCAACAGCAGCUGCAACAGCAGCUGCAGCAGCAGCCGCAGCGGCGGCAGCAGCAGCGGCAGCAAUCGCAGCAGCAGCAGCAGCAGCAGCAGCAGCAGCAGCAGCAGCAGCAGCAGCAGCAGCAGCAGCAGCAGCAGCAGCAGCAGCAACCGACCUUGACAUGGGCAAAUUUCUGGAACUCUGAGCUUGAGAAAGGUAUAUCAUAUGAUAGAGGGGCCGCACAAUCAUAG